AUGGCCACUUCGAAAAAGCAAGAACUGGAAACAUCAUCCGAAGAUGACGAGCCGAUUAGAAUUCAGUUACCGGGACUUCCAGGACAACCGAAGAGUGGAAAUCAAAGUAGAGGAGUGUCAUCUGGAGGACACCGUGGUGGACGUGGUCGAGGAGGCGGUAUAUGUGGUGAAACGACGACUUCUGGAGCUUCGACAAUGAUGUCUUCAGAAGGAUACACCGGUAGACGUGACCGACAGAUGAAGGAACGUCACAAGUCGGAUCACAAGCAACGUGGAGCGGAUAGGAAGAAAAGAGGCGCCUAUUGA